AUGAAUGAUCAAAAAGUAACUUCAAACAUGUCUUUUUCAACCACAGAAGAAAGUGAGUCCUGCUUUGCCCAACCCAAACCAUGCACACUGGGAAAAGAACCUACUUUUCAUGGCAAGAUACGAAAGGAAAGCCUUCCUCCAUUAGAGAGACUCAAGAGUUCAGAGGUGUCAACAGCUAAUGGUGUUAAAUCCCUCCAUGAACAGCUCCUGGAAAAGGAUGCUGCAGAGUCACCAGAAUCCACAGAGAAGACACAGCCUCUAGAGGGGCCCAAGGAGUCUGGGCUGCCUCAGCCAGGUGGCAAAGAUGAUGCUCCAGGAGCAGGAGAAAAGCAGAAAGACGUGGAAGCAGUGACAGAGACUCAGCCUUUAAAAGGCAAUGCUGAGACUGAACCUUUAGGAAUAAAUGCCAAGUGUCAGCCUUUGAGGACAGCAGGACAGAGGGACUCUCCUGGAGCAGUGGAAGGUCCUGAGACUGCACAAACUGUCAGGGAGAUGAAACCUCUGGGAACGGCUGAGGAAAUUGCCCCUCUGGAAGCAGCUGGAGAGCUACAACCUCAAGAAGCAGUGGGAAGGAGUGAGCAGCCUCAACUGACAGAAACAGUUCCCAAGGAAGAUGAGUCUCCAGAAAUAUUGGAAGGAAGUCAGUUUGUGGAAACAGCUGAAGAGCAGCAACUUCAAGAAACACUGGGGGAAGAUGAGCAGUCUCAACUUCUGCAAACAGUUCCCAAAGAGAAUGAAACACCCGAAGUAUGGGACAGAUGUCAGCUUGUGGAAAUAGCUGCAAAAAAUGAUUCAAUCUAUAAAACCCCUGAAGGCCCAGGAAACAUGGAGCAGAUUGAACCUGAAGGAGUCAUUGGAACCAUGCAGCAUCCAGCAGGAAUUCUAGAAACAGGGGCAAACAUGGGAAUGGUCAGGAGUAUUCAUACCAAUGAAGAGGACCAACACAUUGAAGGUGAGACAGGAGAAAAGGUUGAAACAGAGAUGGAGAAUGAGAAAGUUAGUGAAGGCGCUGAAACAAAAGAAGAAGAAACAGGAGAAGUUGUGGAUCUUUCAGCGGCCGCAUAGAAGGUGUGGUGAUAGAUGGGUGAAUAGAUGCAGCGUGAUUUAAGAGAGAAGACAGAAAUGUAGUGAGACUUGUGAUUACAGAUCUUAUCUUUCAACAUCUACGUGUUUAUACAAGGAGUGUGGUUAUCAUGUUCUUUAUUACAUUGUUCUGUAGAACUGCUAAGCUGUAAA